AUGGUUAUAACUGCCUUGUGGUGUAUUCAAAUGAAGCCAAGUGAUCGUCCGGCAAUGAACGAAGUUAUAAAGAUGCUCGAAGGAGAUGUUGAAAGCCUACGAAUGCCUCCUAAGCCUUUUCUGUGCCCUCAAGAGAUGUCUGUAGAUAUUCAUGAUAAUUUGAACCCAUACAGUUCUAACAUGGAGGUGACGUGUACUCUGUCACCUAGGUCAUGA